AAAUAAUUCCCUCUUUUCACGAGUCAGAAAUCGGGAGAUUUGAGCCCUAAUUUCUGGUAAAUCGGCGAAGAUUGAAGAAUGUCGGGGGUCACAAAUACGCAGCAGGAGGAAGACAAGAAGCCCAACGACCAGUCGGCGCAUAUCAACCUGAAGGUCAAAGGCCAGGAUGGAAAUGAGGUGUUCUUCAGGAUUAAAAGGAGCACUCAGCUGAAGAAACUAAUGAAUGCUUACUGUGAUCGACAAUCUGUGGAUUUGAACUCCAUUGCUUUUCUAUUUGAUGGUCGUCGUCUUCGAGCAGAGCAAACCCCCGAUGAGCUAGAGAUGGAGGAUGGGGAUGAGAUUGAUGCAAUGUUGCACCAAACUGGUGGAUCUACUCGUUGAAAAUAUGUGCUGUUGGUGCUGAAUCAGUACUAGUAUUUUCAUUGAUUUGGAAAAAUGUCGGUCGUUUAGAGAUUCUUGCAGGUUUAUUAUUAGGUGUAGAUUCCCUAAAUACUUCCCAAAGUUUAAGCUUUACGAUGUGAGUUCAAUGUUAUCUUCUCGUAUUCGUUGUUCUUGGCUUGUUGUUGUAGAAAGCAUUAGUAGCAUAUUUGGAAAGUUGAAUAUUAUGCACCAGUCUCGUCGUCUUCAUCAUGUUGUGAGCUUUUUUUGAUAAAACUUAUAAGAGUGGUCAAAUGAUUCGGAGUCA